UGAUCAACAGCCAAUCGCGCUCAUAGACAACAGAAGACGGUGGAUUCCGUCUCUCUUCUGCUCGUUUAGCGUCGGGAAUGUGAUCUAGAAACACUUCGCUGAUCCAGUCUCUUAUUUUCUCGUCUGUUAUUCUGGAUCAGACCUCGGUUCUGCGGAGACGCUUCACAUCACAGCAUUGCAAAUCUUUUGGAUGCAAAACCUGGCAGUCCUGACCAAGAGCAGUGCGUUCUCCUUCAACUGAGUCUAGAGCAGAAAACUGGACUUCAGGACUUUAGGAUUAUCUGAGCAUCACUAGCAGUGACUGGACUCCGUCUCAGAUCAUCUAUUGUGGAUUAUUCUGCUGAGGAGGAGUUACUUCGGAUAGCAUGAUUACUUCCAGAGCUGGAAUACUAGAGACUAAUCGAGUUUAUGUGGGCAAACUCAAUUACAUCGGCGGAUCCCUCAUGUGAACAGCAGCGUCUAAUUCAUUCUGCUGGAGGAUGUGCAUUGACUUCUGCAGUUUGUGUGCUCGUUGUGAGUUUUGGAUCUUCACGAUGUGUUUUCAAUAGGAACAUUCUCUUGGAACAGUUUUCCCCUGUGUAUAUUGGGACAAAGUCUAUUGUGUUUGCUGUUGGUGUGGAGUUGAAUCAAAUGGCUCGUCCCGGAUCUGGGGUUCUGGUGUCGCUGGGAGGUGGAUACUCGUCUCAGAGCAUGGCUAGGGUGGUGGUUUGGGAAUGGUUGAAUGAACACGGCCGCUGGAGGCCAUACAGUGCAGCUGUUUGUCAUCACAUUGAAAACGUCCUGAAGGGAGACGCACGGGGGACAGUCAUACUGGGGCAGGUGGAUCCGCAGCUCACGCCAUACGUCAUAGACCUGCAGUCCAUGCAUCAGUUCAGACAAGACACAGGCACAAUGCGUCCCGUGCAGCGUAAUUUCUACGACCCGUCCUCGGCUCCAGGCAAGGGCAUCGUGUGGGAAUGGGAGAAUGACUGCGGCUCCUGGACGGCGUAUGACAUGGAGCUGUGCGUCAGCAUCCAGAACGCCUACGAGAAGCAGCACCCCUGGCUGGACCUGAGCUCGCUGGGCUUCAGCUACGUGGUGGACUUCGACGGGAUGUCCCAAACCAACCGGCAGAGCCAGAGGAAGCGUCGCAUCCGACGACGCAUGGACCUGGCGUACCCCCUCAUCGCCGGAUCCAUCCCCAAAUCCCAGUCCUGGCCGGUGGGCACCAGCUCGGGACUGCCUUGCACCUGUCAGCAGUGCAUGCUGGUCCACAGCACACGGGCCGCGUCCAACGCCAUCCUGGCUCUGCAGCAGAAGAGGAAGCUGUGCGGGACGGAGGGCGGAGCCAACGCCGUCGUCAGGCAGAGCAACACCUUCACUGGCUCCUCCCUCUGGUCGCCCGUGACGACUGUUGUCAGGGGACACCAUAACAACAUAUCACUGGGAGGCGGAGGAGGAGGCGGGAAGAUGGAGAUGAACGGGAUGAACUUCCCAUGCACCCCUGCGAUCGUGACGCUGCCGUCAAAACACACGCUUACUAUUAACGGACAGAACAAUCUGAACCGGCCGGGAACACAGAGGAUCACGGUGACGGCCAGCCGAGGAUCCGUCCCUCCUGGGGUUCCUGCACUUCCUGUGAGGAGCCUCACUGGGUCUGGACAGGUUCAUCCUGCAUUAGCAGGGAUGACUGGGAUCCUCAUGUGUGCCGCCGGGCUCCCCGUGUGUUUGACUCGGGCUCCUAAACCCGUCCUGCAUCCACCGCCGGUCAGCAAGAGCGACCUGAAACCUGUGCCAGGGAUCAACAGCAUCCGGCGCAAGACCAAGACAAAGCACCUCCGCAAGGGUAAAAACCCGGAGGACGUGGUUCGGCGCUACACAGAGAAGAUCAGGACGGCUCCUGAUGAGGACUGCACCAUCUGCAUGGAGCGACUGAGCACCGCGUCCGGAUACGAGGGACUGCUGAGCUACAGAGGCUCAAAGCCCGAGCUGGUCGGAAAACUGGGAAAGUGUGGCCACGUGUACCAUCUUCUGUGUCUGGUGGCCAUGUACAACAACGGCAAUAAGGACGGCAGUCUGCAGUGUCCCACCUGUAAGGCCAUCUAUGGAGAGAAGACCGGCACACAGCCUCCUGGGAAGAUGGAGUACCACGUGAUUCCUCAUUCUCUGCCUGGAUGCUCCGACAACAAGACCAUACGGAUCAUCUACGACAUUCCCGCUGGGAUACAGACCUCAGAGCACCCGAAUCCUGGGAAAAAGUACAGCGCACGUGGAUUUCCUCGACACUGCUACUUACCAGACAAUGAGAAAGGACGAAAGGUGUUGAAGUUGUUAAUCAUGGCGUGGGAUCGUCGUUUGAUCUUCACCAUCGGGACGUCCAGCACCACAGGAGAGACGGACACAGUCGUGUGGAACGAGAUUCACCACAAGACUGAGUUCGGCUCCAACCUCACGGGCCACGGCUUCCCCGACCCCAACUAUCUGGACAACGUGAUCAGAGAACUGGCCGCCCAGGGGGUCGGAGAAGACAACCUGAAGGACUGAGGCUCAGUCCACACACACACACUCAAGCUGAGGAGCUCCUGACCACUGGAGUGACCUUUGACCUCUCUGGGAACAACGGUCCUCGCUUACCCCAAGUGAGAGACGAGGAGAUGUGGAUGAUGGAGUGAUGAAAUCAAUACAAAUUACUCUAAUCUGUUUCUCAUUGACUGUCUCAGCUCUCUUUCUCUCUCUCUAGCGACACUCUUUUUCUAGGCUACCCAGAAUGCAUCUUGGCUCAGACCGGUGCGUGUGGUAGUUGUAUAUAAACUCACGUUGUGGUUGACCGGCAUGGGUUUUUCAGUGGUGAUGCCUUUACAGAUAUAAUAAAACAUAUCUAGGGCUGUCAAGUGAUAAUUAAAGAAAAAAUAAAUCGAAUUAAUAACAUGAUCUGCAGAUUAAUCAGAGAUAUUCCGCCCAAAAGAUUAUUUAUUGUGUUAUAUGAGAAAAGACUUUGAAAAACCAUUAUGAAAAGUAGCUUUAGGAAGAAAUAUUUUGAUUCAGCAUUGCGUAAAAAUGUUUACUUUUAAGUAUUUCUUUAGUAUUGGAAUAUGAUAUGGUUUUUAAAAAAUCAAAUACAUUUUAAAGUAAAACUUGUAGGAGGCAGAGGCAAGUCAUGGUCUUAAUGAGUGAUUCGCUGAAUUAUUAAUCUAAGUGAUUUAUUCAAGCCAAUGAUUCAGUCAGAAAGGAGUCACUGAUUCAUUCACACGACUGAUUCUUUGAGAAAUAUAGCUAGCGACUGUUUUAAUAAAUAAUUGGCUCACUUAAUUUAUUCAAACUGCUGAUUCUUUUUAGAAAUGAUGAAAGUGACUUUCUUUAUGAACGAGUCACUGAAUCAUUGGUUCACUUGAUUCAUUCAAACGGCUGAAUCUCCAGAAACUAAGAAAGUGACUUUCUUUAUGAACGAGUCACUGAAUCAUUGGUUCACUUGAUUCAUUCAAACGGCUGAAUCUCCAGAAACUAAGAAAGUGACUGUCUUUAUGAACGAGUCACUGAAUCAUUGGUUCACUUGAUUCAUUCAAACGGCUGAACAUUUCAAUAACUAAAAAAGUGACUGUCUUUAUGUAUCAUUCACUGAAUCAUUGGCUCACUUGAUUAGUUCAAAAUCAUGGAUUCAUUCAGUAAAAAACACUGUGUUGCUGGCUGUGCUUAAUGCAGAGGAGUCUUUGUAAAAUUAAAUAAACACCUAUUUUACCAAUUAUUUACUAGAUAAUGUGGCAAUUGUAAGCUAAAUGAACACCUCUGUUAAUCUGCCAGUUAGUAGCUAAUGCUGAUGAUCUCAAAAUCAUCAAAUAUCAGAUGAUUCACUCCAUUUCUUUAUAUAUUUUUCUACCACUGCAUCCAAUAUCGGUGCAUUCCAUUGUAUAACAUGGAGAAGUUUUGUUUCCAUGUUGAUUUUUUUAAACUGCAACUCUUUCAGACAGUUUUCAUGAUGUUUUGGGCCUGAAACAGCAUUAGUUUGGCCUAAGUAUAGGUAGCCUAACUGAUUAAAGAAUCAUGUGUUUUUAGGGAUAUCGGUGUAGAUGGAUAUUUACGUAGAUUUUUGGGGCUGCUUUUGAUGUUUGUGCAGGCGAUGCAUAAAAUAUCUGCACUAUCUCCGGCUCGUGUGCUACUUUUGAACUUUAGAGCAAUUAGCGAAGCUCAGAGCGAACGCUGAGAUUUGAGGAUCCUUCUGUGUGCAUUUUAACUUUUAGAGUGAAUAAGAUGAAUAGGAUGUCUUUUGAAAUAUGCAAUGAUUCAUAUCCUAUCUUGCUUUGUUUCUCUUUUAUGUCAUUGAUCUGAGAGCGUGUCUUUCUGGCUGCAGACGGGUUUGUCUGUGCUGUGUUUGGAUUGGAAUACUGGCAUACUACUUUACUAGACUACUGCACACAGUAUACAGUACUAUUUUUAAAAUGUAGACCUAAUUUCAUGAUGAAUGCUUUAAAUAAUUGUCCUUUUGAAUUGCAUGUUAGUGGCAUCCAGUUACGAUGUUGAAGAAAUACGAUUGUUGCCCAGUUUAUAUAAAAUUUUCAUUUAGUUUAACCUGAAGUACUAAAAUAACUAAAACAAAAACUGAUGCUAAAAUUUAUAAAACUAUAUAGACAUAUAAAAAACAAAAACUAGUGCACGACACACAUCAUAAACCUUUAAACCAAAAAUGAAAAUGAGAAAAUAAGUAAAUGAUUGGUUAAAUUAUAAAAUAUAAUAUAAAUGAUCAUUUAAAAACUUCGUCUUCGAAUACCUGGAUGAGAAUGUGAUUUCAGUAUUUUGAAAAAUCAUAUAAAUUAAUAAAAUCUUAAAAGGAGCAGGACACUUCAUCUCAUAAAGAAUCUGCAAUGUAAUUAUUUAAAAGUUUAAUUAGGAGUAUUUUAGGUGUUUUUUUAUUUUCAGAAAGCAGUUAAAAUAAUUUGUAAAAUGAAAAUGCAUUUUGUAAAACAAAACUAGGGCUUUAUG